AUGUCCGUCAGCAACCACGAGAACCGGAAGUCCCGGUCCAGCAACGGCUCCAUGAACAUCCACCUGUACCACAAGACAUCCCACGCCGACAGCCUCCUCACCCAGCUCAACCUGCUGCGCAAGCGCAAGUGCUUCACCGACGUGGCGCUGCGGGCGGGCAACCGGGCCUUCCCCUGCCACCGGGCCGUGUUGGCCUCCUGCAGCCGCUACUUCGAGGCCAUGUUCGGCGGCGGCCUGCGCGAGAGCCGCGACGCCGAGGUCAACUUCCACGACUCGCUGCACCCCGAGGUGCUCGAGCUGCUGCUGGACUACGCCUACUCGGCGCGGGUCAUCAUCAACGAGGAGAACGCCGAGUCUCUGCUGGAGGCGGGCGACAUGCUGCAGUUCCACGACAUCCGCGACGCGGCGGCCGAGUUCCUGGAGAAGAACCUCCACGAGUCCAACUGCCUGGGCAUGAUGCUGCUCUCCGACGCCCACCAGUGCCAGCGGCUCUACGAGCUCUCCUGGAGGAUGUGCCUGGCCAACUUCGCCACGCUCUACAAGACGGAGGACUUCCUGAACCUGCCCCGCGACAAGGUCCAGGAGCUGAUCUUCAGCGAGGAGCUGGAGGUGGAGGACGAGAGCCUGGCCUACGAGGCGGUCAUCGACUGGGUCAAGGCGGACACGGAGGGCCGGCACGCCGAGCUGCCGGAGCUGCUGCGCUGCGUGCGCCUGGCGCUGCUCCCCGAGUCGUACCUGCUGAAGAACGUGGCGUCGGAGGAGCUGGUCAUGGGGCACAAGGUGGGCCGGGAGAUCGUGGAGGACGCCGUGCGCUGCAAGAUGCGCAUCCUGCAGAACGACGGCAUCGUGACGGGCUUCUGCGCGCGGCCCCGGAAGGUGAACCAGGCGCUGCUGCUGCUGGGGGGGCAGACGUUCAUGUGCGACAAGGUGUACAUGAUCGACAACAAGACCAAGGAGAUCACGCCCAAGACGGACAUACCCAGCCCCAGGAAGGAGUGCAGCGCCUGCGCCAUCGGUUGCAAGGUCUACGUCACCGGGGGGCGCGGCUCGGAGAACGGCGCCUCCAAGGACGUCUGGGUGUACGACACGCUGCACGACGAGUGGUCCAAGGCGGCGCCCAUGAUGGUCGCCCGCUUCGGCCACGGCUCGGCCGAGCUGGACCACAUCCUGUACGUGGUGGGCGGGCACACGUCGCUGGCCGGCUCCUUCCCGGCCUCGCCGUCCGUGUCCCUGAAGCAGGUGGAGCAGUACGACCCGCAGACCAACAAGUGGACGCUGGUGGCGCCGCUCCGCGAGGGCGUGAGCAACGCCGCCGUGGUCGGCGCCAAGAACAAGCUGUUCGCCUUCGGCGGCACCAGCGUCAACCGCGACAAGUUCCCCAAGGUGCAGUGCUUCGACCCCGUGCAGAACCGCUGGACGGUGCCGGCCAACUGCCCGCAGCUCUGGCGCUACACGGCGGCGGCGGUGGUGGGCGCCCACGUGGUGGUCAUCGGCGGCGACACGGAGUUCUCGGCCAGCUCGGCGUACCGCUUCAACAGCGAGACGUUCCAGUGGUCCAAGUUCGGCGACAUGGCGGCCAAGCGCAUCAGCUGCCACGCGGUGGCGUCGGGGAACCGGCUGUACGUGGUCGGCGGCUACGGCGCGCAGCGGUGCAAGACGCUGGACUGCUACGACCCCUCCACGGACUCCUGGGACAGCGUCACCAGCGUGCCGUACUCGCUCAUCCCCACCGCCUUCGUCAGCACGUGGAAGUACCUGUCUGCGUAGGGACGGCGCCCUCUCUGACGUCUCACUGAUCAGCAAUGGUGUCUGGAAUGCGGGGCGUACGUCUGUCUCCCUGCGAGCGCCGGCGGAAUGCUGUGGAGGGGGCGUGGCCGGCGGACGGAGGAGGGAGGAGUAGUGCGUGGCCGGUCGUUGGGAUCCGUCCCACGGCGACCGCGGCGGAGGAGGAGGACCAAAGCUGUCUGGGCUGAGGGAGGCUAGAUGGGGCCCGACGAGCCUCACGGACUCAGACCUCCUACCAGGACGUCCCCCCCCCACCAACCAGGAGGCCCCCUCCUAACAGGGCGCCCCCUCUUGGGCUACCACCUGAUCUGUUUACCCCGGGGGCUCCUGUGUAACUUUCCCAUGUAGUGACCGUGUAACCAUGCCCACCGCUGAGUGCCGACGGGACACCAGCCGACUCUCAAGCAGCACGGUGACAGCAGAUGGCACCGACGUCUGUGUGUGUGUGUGCGUGCGUGCGUGUGUGUGCUUGUGCGCGCACACGCGCGUCCGGGCAUUAUGGUGUGUUCCUGAUACCUCGGACGCCAGACUUCCGAGUCUAAAGUCGAAAAUCUCCCAGCUUUCUUGCGUCAUUUCUC